CAGAAGGUCAUAAAGUGUCCUCUCUAGCAGAAGGCCGUUACAGAAUCCUGACAGUUGGUAUCAGAUGAAAUGUUUAGAAACUCCAACGGUUCUGAGAACAGCAGAGACAUCUUUGAUGAUCCAGGUAAGACUUCAGAUAUCUUCUUUCUUCCGCGUGUAGAAUGACUCAAAAAAUAUGCAAAGCUAGCAUUAUAUCUAAAUAAUUUUAUGCAACUUUACUUAGCGCAGACUACUUUACUUAACUCAAAAUAGCUUCAAAUACAGCAGCUAACUGGUGAGCUAAUGUCAACGUUAGCCUAACAAGCUAAUGCUAGCUAACCGUAACGUUAGAAGUUAGCGUUAGCGUUAGCAUUUUCAGCUUUUGUGUCUUGGGCACAACUAACAAUUUACAGUAUUUUUUUGGAAGCUAACACUAUCCCUACGUUAUAUUGGGUUAACUUCGUAUGAGUUUUCAAUUUGUUAUAUUUUGUAACUAAGUUGCUCCUACUUAUUGGUAUAAGUGCAGUCUAUCUUAGUUCUAACUGGUGCCAAAGGUGGAUUAGCAUUAGCUUACUAACUGAUGACGGUUGGUGUGAUAUUAAGAUGAGGGGGCGCGCUGUGUUCACCAGCUUUACCUCAGUUUUUACUUCUAACUUUACAGAUAAAAACAUGGAUAUUGGUGGAAGUUUACUCCCUAGUUGCGUCAACCCCAGUAACUUCCCUGCCAAACUCUGGCGUUUGGUGAACAACCCGCUGAAUGAAGCCAUCUUCUGGGACAAAUACGGACAAUUGGUCGUCAUUGAUCAAGAUCUCUUCGAGAGACAGGUCCUGUGUCCGUCCACCGUCUCCUCGGACAGCGCCGACGCUUUCAAGACGACCAACUUCUCCAGCUUUGUCCGCCAGCUCAAUCUGUACGGCUUCAAGAAAGCGGAAGCAGCUGAUACAGGCGCCGGGGGCCAUUCACUGUUUCAUCAUUUUUACAACCCAAACUUCAAGCGAGACCGCCCUGAACUUGUUGCAAGUAUGAGGAGACUCACUGCCGACUACAAGGCCAAGGUGCAAGCGGGUGUGGUCGUGCCAAGGCAGCCGGCGAGCCGACCCCCGCGAUACAGCUCCGGUGAUGAAGGGCAAGAUCAAAAGAGGAAACGAGGCAAUUCUUCACUGCUUAGCCCCAAACAUCAGGAGUCAACUCCUCGUUACCAUCCAAAUAAAGCUCAGGUCAUGACAGCGUACAAUGGAACCCCAAUCCCACCACAGUUCCCGACAAGGGGUCUUGGUGCAGCUUUUGGGCCUUCUGUCUUUGCGACAGACAAAGGGAUGCUAGCGUCUUUAAGCCACCGCUCCACUGCAGAACCCUCAAGCCCCAGUGCUGUGCACUUUCAGCAGAGUUUACUGGCCCGUCCAUACCAUGUAAAUCCAAAUUUCACCACUUAUACUGGUCAUCAGCCUGGCUUCUGUUCCCCAUUUUGCCAGUCUUACCAUCCGAGCCUUUUGGCAUCACCCAUGGCACGAAGUGGGCUUCAGACAGGGCUGUUCUCUCCCCACAGUUAUUACCAGGCUAGCUAUCCUUGCAAUGUGAUGUGUCAUGGGGACAACAACCAGGACUCAAAGCAACACCAGGAUGAGAAAAAAUGUGACAUUAACUUGGACACAGUUUUCCAGAUUGCAGAUGAGGUGAUGCAAACCCUGCCCAGUAACAGCCUGGUUGGAGCUGUGACCCCCGUGAAGCCAGGCGCUGCAAUAGUGCCAUCCUCCAACACCUCUAGCACCAUGCUGCGUGACAGCUCUGCCAACACUGUGAAAGUUGAACCUUUAAGACCUUGGCCCAUCAUAACAGCUGUGGUGGGCAAUGUUGAUUUGAUGACAUACAAACAGGAGGAGGAGUCUGUGGUUUCAGUACCAGAGCAGAUGCCUGAAGAUGCGAUAAAUGAGGCUACCAGCGAUGAUGCAACGCACACUGAGGAUGUAUAUGUCGAGGUUUGCGACACUCUGAGGGAUACCAGUCAGUCCAGAUGCACAGGACGUACACCAAGUCUUUAG